AUGCUAGGGAAGAUGGUAGCCAAUGAGGUACAGCACUGGGGUGCGAUGCUGUUUGAUUUCUACCAUGUCCGACGUAUGCAUGAUUUUGGUGGGUUGCAGUCGACAUCGACUGGGAGUAAGUGGAUGAAAGCAAGCGGAGAGGAUUACACAAAGGAGGAGUUGCAGCUUGUGGAGGAGGAGGAAGAUCUGAAAGAGAGCUUCCCUUGUGAUAUCGCGAAGCUUGUUGAGGAUGUUGAAAUGAGGAUCUCAAAGACAUUGAGUGAGUCUGAGGGGGAAAGAAAAAAGGAGGGAUUUAUUCGUCCUGAGCCGUUCGACACGACCUUCAAUUCUUUGCCGAUUCUUCAACAACGUCUUCCACUACACCUUCUGCCAACGACUCUCUAUGUUCAUGACCAGUUCCGUUUGCUUCAAGUUCGAGAUGGCCACUUCAAGGAACACCAUCCUCAACCAUGGUCUUCAAAACCCGACAUAGUCCACGCCUAUAGCCAUAACGCCUCUCCCGCUGGCAGAGAGAAGAUGGAAAAGGAACAAGAGAAACUGAUCUCAGACCGUGAGGUCGAGGAAGCUCUUCGGAAGGGUGCUAAGCUUGAAGAACAUUCUUCAGCAUUAGCACUCUAUGGACAGCCUCAUCCCUGGAUCAACCAAACCCUGGGUAUACGCAAUGCACGAGCCUUCCUCUCUUCCCAGUUCUGCCGAAGAAGCCCAUCUGCACCUCUCGCCUUCCCACCUGGCGGGCAAAGGGAAUCACUCUUUCGCUUAUCACACAGAGUGGGACAUCCCACGCGACCUCCUCGUCCCAGACGUCCUCUGCAGACAAUGCGUCAUUGA